AUAGAGUGUACGUGCAUGUGCUUCACACUGCCUUCCCGCGCGUGCGCCGUGCGGUCUUCGUCUCUUCGCGCUACCUGCUGGCUCCCAGUGGUGGUCGUCAUGUUCGAGUCGACCGGCGCGCGCCUCCCCGCCUGCAGCCUGGCUGCUGCACUGCUGCCUAUAUAUUGUCUCCGCACCUGGCGGUGCUGCGACACGCAUCCGACCGACACCGUCGACGACGCUUGCGAUCGAGCGUUCCGGUCGAGAGCCAGAGGGGGGAUAUAUUACUUAGAGAGAGAGAGGCUAGUGUCUGCGUGUGGUGGCGCGCGGUCGGCGGCGGCCAUGGCGGCGUGGAAGGACGGCUACUUGGACAUGGUGCUCAUCCCGCUCGCCGUCCUCUUCCCCGCCGUGUACCACCUCUGGCUGUACCGCGCCGUCCGCCGCAGCCCGCUCAGCUCCACCGUCGGCAUCAGCGCCGCCGCGCGCCGCAUCUGGGUCUUCUCCAUGAUGAAGGUAAGUAAGAACAACGAGAAGCAGGCGAUCAUCGUAGUGCAGUCGAUCAGGAACGUGCUAAUGGCCUCCACGCUGGUGGGCACGACGUCGAUCCUCUUCUGCACGGGCGUGGCGGCCGUGCUGAGCAGCACCUACGCCGUGAAGAAGCCGCUCAGCGACGCCGUCUUCGGCGCGCACGGCGCGCACAUGAUGGCGCUCAAGUACCUGCUCAUCCUCGCCGUCUUCCUCCUCGCCUUCCUCUGCCACAGCCUGGCCAUCUGCACGCUCAACACGGCCUCCUUCCUGGUCAACGCGCUCUCGCCGUCGCCGCACCUGCACCUCCCCGGCGUCACGGCCGAAUACGUCGCCGACGUCAUGGAGAGGGGCUUCCUGCUCAGCCUCGCCGGCAACCGGCUCUUCUUCGCCGGCGCGCCCCUCCUGCUCUGGAUCUCCGGGCCCGUGUUCCCCUGCGUAUGCUCCAUGGCCAUGAUCUCUGUACUCUACAACAUGGACGUGGUCGAUGACGCCGACGAUGGCCGGAGCAGCAGCGGCGGUGGAGCCAAUGCCGCCGUCGUCAUGGAUGGCGACAGUGACGAUCAGAGCAUGGAAGUCGUCUGAUGAUGAACUGAUGACGGGACAAAUGCAGAAACGAAUUGGAAAAAAAAAACAAGAGGCAUCGGCAUGGAAUAUGCUGCGCUUUACAUACAAUAACUAGUUUGUGCUCCUGCAACUGACUAGUGGGUUGGGUCGGUGAAUUUUUUUUUAUCAACCCGUGUAAGGAAAUAUAUAUCGCAUUUUUUUAUAUUGACAUGACAGUCGUGCUGCUGAUGGAAAAUCUUCA